AUGGAAGAGCUGCGGUCAGCGGAGAGGGCCGACGAGCCAGAGGUGACAAGCCCGGCCGCUGGUGGCCUGCCAGCUCCUCCCCCGUCGUUAGACCGAGCCCGAUCGCUUCCGCACGAGAAGGUGCCGUCGGUGUUGACUCGCCUGGACAUGGGGGAAGUAUCCCCCACAAAGGGUUUCGUCAGGAGCACCAGCCUGCCAUCGGAGCAGGAGCAGUACGAAGAGUGCGAAGAGGGCCGAAGGCGGCGUCGCACCAGCUCGGUGGACGGCGUCGAGGUGGCCAGGAUCACGGAGGAACGUGCUGAAGAGACGGAGGAAGGCAGUUUGAGCAUCCGGGUCUGGUGCGCCUUCGUGCGCGCGAUGGGCUGGGGCGUCUGGGUGGUGAUCGCCACGAACUGCGUCAGCACAGCAGGGUACUUGCUUUCGGCGCUCUGGAUUGGGCACUGGCCAGAACUCAGCGAGCAGAUGGGGACCACGGAUGCGCUGCUGGUCUAUGCGCUGAUCUCCUUCUCGAUCGUGGUUUUCACGGCGAUGAGGCUGCUGGUGUUCCAGUACAGCUCUCUCAGGCUCUCCAGAAACAUGCACCAGAAAGCUUUAUGGGCGGUGAUACGCUCGCCCAUGGCCUGGCACGAUACGACGCCCACGGGCCGAGUCGUCAAUCGCUUCUCUUCAGACCUGCAGAAAGUGGAUACGGACCUGCAGAACAAUGUGGUGGGCCUGCUACGGUCCAUGUUCGACAUGCUUGCCAGCUUUUUGGUGGUCCUCUUCGUCGUGCCCCUGAUCUUUGUGGUGGUGGUGCCCACGCUGGCCGCCUACUUCUGGAUUCAGAAGCUUUACAGGAAGAGUGGCCGGGAGAUUCAGCGCAUGGCCAGCAAGUCCUACAGCCCCAUCUACCAAGGUGUGGACGAAGCCAUCAAUGGAGUUGCCACCAUCCGAGCCUACGAGAAGCAGCAGUACUUCAGCGGACGCACUGCGGCGCGCGUGUCCCGAAGCGUCCGCUUGGAUCUUACCCUCCAGGGCUGCCAGCGCUGGCUCGGGUUUCGGCUGAAGAUGCUGGGCGCUUGCAUUUCUUCCAUGGUUGCGCUGCUUGUGGUGCUUCACGCCUACCUGGGGCCCCUUGGCCGUUCCAUCUCUGGCCCCGCGGCCGGCGUCGCCCUCCGCUACGCGCAGCAGCUGAGCAAUGCUCUGGAGAGCAUCCUCAACAACCUCACCAGCACGGAGCAGUGCCUGGUGGCUGUGGAGCGCCUCACGACCUACUCAGAAAUGCCGGACGAGGGCGAGCUGGAAACGCAGGAGGCGCUCUCCUCGGUGGAGGGAAGCGUCCGCUUCGAGAACGUCUUCAUGCGCUACCGGCCCGAGCUUCCUACAGUUCUGAAGGGCCUGACGUUUUCCAUCCCGGGUGGCUCCAGUCUGGGUGUGGUCGGCCGCACAGGUGCCGGGAAGAGUAGCCUACUCCAGGCUCUGUUCCGCAUGUGCCCCAUCGAGUCUGGCACGAUCCACCUGUAUGGCAAGGACGUGUCCGGCUUGGGCCUCCAUACGCUGCGCAAGGCUCUGGCGAUCAUUCCCCAGGACCCUGUCGGUUUCACCGGGACCGUCCGUUUCAACCUCGAUCCCUUCAUGCAGAACGAUGACACACGAAUCUGGGGAGAGCUGGAGAAGGUACAGUUGAAGGCACACUUUGAGGCCAAGGCGGAAGGGCUGGGUUUCAUGGUCACGGCGGGCGGCGAGAACUUGUCCGUCGGGCAGCGGCAGCUUCUCUGCUGCGCGCGAGCAUUGAUCCGAGGAGCCCGCAUUUUGGUCCUGGAUGAGGCGACCGCUUCGGUGGACUUCACCACCGACGCCUUGAUCCAGCAAGUGCUACGCAAGGAGGUCGAGACACAGCAGCUGACCACCAUCACCAUUGCGCACAGGAUCUCGACGAUCCUCGGUGCGGAUCGCGUGCUGGUCAUGGAGGAGGGCCAAGCUGCCGAGUUCGGCCCGACGCAGGACCUCGCCGCCACGCCAACCUCCAAGUUCGCUGCCUUGGUCACUGCCGCCCAAGCAGCGGAGAAGCGGAAGAAGAACGCCAUCUGA